AAGGGCAAAGAGGUGCUUGCCCUAAUGCCCCGAUCGCCUCUCGUCUCUCUCGUUUCCUUUUCCCCGAACUCCAGUACCCUCCUCAAUCCGGGCGUUCGAUUCCUGGCUUCGCCUCGCAGCGAUCUCACCUUUUGUUCAGACAUGAAGGCUUGCAAGCAGAUCAAAUCCAUGGGAGCCGCCGGCACGGACGAGGCCGACAUCAAGGCGGCAGCGAAAAGCGAUGCAAUCCAAUCGAGGAAGGGGAAGAAGGUCAAGGGCAAGGGCAAGUUGGCGGUGAGGAGCAAUGGAGCGGAGAAGCCUAAGACCCAUGCCCUUUCGGAUGUUACACGCGGGUUGGCGGUGAUGUCAGAGGAUGAAUUGCUCCCGCUGUACACCUACCAGGAUAUCUUUUGGAUGAACAACUUCCCUGGCGUCUAUGACAGGCCGUCCGUACAUGCUAUUCAUCAGAAAGCUGCUGAAAACUGGAAAUUCCUUAGUGAUUCGGACAAGGCCCCUUAUGUAGCCAAGGCACGUGUGAACAAAAUACUCAUAGCUAAGGCUAACGAGAUCAAGAAGACACUGCAGCUGACGUGUGCGAUGACGAACAAGAUGGUGAAUCUGAAAAUGUGAACACACCAGAUCUCUAGCAUGUGUUUGAAUAGAAUUAUUCAUGUUUGAGCACCAGAGUAGGGAACAUGAUGCCAGUAUCAACGCAACUUUGUUUGCUUGCAGAAAUGUCUUCGUAGAUCACACAAUUACUGCAACCAACUCCACAACCUGAUUCUGUCUGAGCUGACACUUGGAGGGUUCAGAUGCAAGUGCAGUUCAAGCUGCCAUAUGGACAAUACUACUAUUAAAUAUGUUUGUGCUUCUGGCUUUAGAUGUUGAACUCUGUUUCGCAUACUGUGAUGUUUGCUUAGUAUUGUUGAAGGGCCGUUAAGUUAUUUCACUAUUAGAAACCCUAUCAUGACAUUGUGUGAUUGCAACUGAAUAUUUUGUUGUUCUGUGUGUUUUUCGCCCGUGUGUUUGUAAUAAAGUCGCACAAGCCCUUGUGAGUUGGGAGCUAGCGGUUAGGAUUCUUGUUGCCUGUUGCAGAAUGAUGUACCGAACUCUGCAAUGGUGCUUGUCGCCAACGAUUCUGUUGUGCCUAUGUACAGCUGAUGAAAAGCCUCAAUUGAUUC